UUGGCCGUAUAUGUCGUGACGCGCAAAGGAUGGCGAUUCCUUGCCCUGUCAUCUUUCAUCGAUGAGCGCAGCAUGACGGCGGAUGAGCACAUCCGGUUCCUGGACCUAAUUCUCGACCAGGUCCAACUCGACAUCGCGAACAUCGUCGGCAUCGUCUGCGACAACAUGGAGACCAACAAAGCCAUUUCACGACGUGUCUCCGCGCCUAUGAUAGGUUGCGCGGCACAUCGCUUUAAUUUGGCUGUCAAGGACUACAUCAAAGCAUACACCGACACCAUCAAGAAG